CAAUCCCAUUUUCUCCCCACCUUCUUUGUCCGAAUCCGACCACAUUGUAUACCCCCCCCUCUCCCGAACCAUCUCCCCUCUCCCAACAAACCCAGACAAAAUGGUUCAAGAGAAGACGAAGGGUGUGAAGCACGCGCUGCUGGAGCGGCCAUGGUUCGUAGCCGUGGCCCUUGCCGGUCUCAUAGGCGGUGCAAUGAUCAUAACGAGCUUGACCCGUGCCGUGGACGAGAGAAUCUCGAUGUGCUCAACGGCUAAGGACAGAGCCAAGGCCAUAGCCGAGUACUCGGCCACGCCUCUCCAGCUCCAAGCCAUCGUCCACUACGCCACAUCACGAAUCGUUCCGCAACAGUCCCUGCCCGAGAUCACAGUGACAUUGGACGUGCUAAAGGACCGGUCGCCUUGCAACUUUCUGGUCUUCGGACUCGGUCAUGACUCGCUCAUGUGGGCGUCGCUUAAUCCACGUGGCACCACCGUGUUCCUCGAGGAGGACCCUGACUGGAUUGGCACCGUCCUCAAGGCUGCGCCAUCGCUGCAUGCUCACCAUGUCACCUACCGGACCAAACUCUCCGAAGCCGAUCGCCUUCUGGCCACGUACCGGUCCAAGCCACGGUGUUUGCCCUCCAAGGCCUUCCCGAUCCGGUAUAACGAGGAGUGCCCAUUGGCGCUGACGUCACUUCCCGACGAGAUCUAUGAGACGGAAUGGGAUCUGAUCAUGAUCGAUGCUCCUAGGGGAUAUUUCGCGGCGGCUCCUGGGAGGAUGUCGGCGAUAUUCUCGGCGGCCACGAUGGCGAGGAACCGAAGGGGACAGGGUAUGACCCACGUCUUCCUUCACGACGUCGACCGGAAAGUUGAAAAGACAUUCGCCGAGGAGUUUCUUUGCCGGAAAUUCAGGGUUAACUCAUCCGGCAGGCUUUGGCAUUUUGAGAUACCGAACGCUGCUAACAUGAGCGGCGAACCGGUCGACCGGUUCUGCUAAAAUGCGCCCGGUUUCGGUAUGUACAAUAUAUAUCGCUUGUCGUUGGGUGUUUUUGGGUUGCUUCUUUGCGUAAGAUUAGAUUGAACCUAUAGUUAAUUUUCUCUGCGGUUAUAUAAAAUUCAAAAAACCUAAAUUUGUAGUCUUUCGUUAUAUAUGAUAUUCAUCAGAAAUAUUUCGUAUAGUUCGAAUAUUA